AUGAAGGCUGACUCGCUUUUGCGCGGUCAGGGCGACCAUGAGCAUCAGUUCCAUGGCUUUAUGACGCUCGCGGCGGCAAUGCAGGAGCGUGCGCCGCCUAGAGGCGUGCCUGACCAGACGAUUGCUUCUCUGCCUACUGCUACGUUCCAAGAGUGGGCUACGCCGGACAGCGACCAGAUGUGCCCGAUCUGUUUCGAAGAUUACAAUGCUCCAGACCCCGUCCUGAAGCUGCCGGACUGUAACCACUGGAUCCACAAGCCGUGCUUGGAGGUGAGCCUCUUCAUCGCGAAGCUGCCAGCGAGAACAGAUCUCACACACAUUUGUAGAAAUGGCUGA